GGCGGUAUAUCCAGUCCCCAGCAGCAAACUGUCCAAACCGGUGCGCCUCCCGAACAUUAUGGAGGACCAUUGAGCCUGAGUAUCUGCAUAUCCGAUUCCGGCCACGAGAUACUGCGACCCAAGCCACGUCGAUGAUUAUUUAAAAAUGAUGCAGAAUUGAGAGAAAAAAUUCAAACAGGACGUAUACCGAGGUACCAGUGUAAUUGUAAACCCUGUUGAAUCGUAGAAAGAGAUAAAGGAAGCGAUUUAAAACGAUAAAAAGGACGAUGUCCGAGGAUGGUCACGGGGCGUGAGUUUAGGGCAAUUCGAGUACACAGUCAUAGGAAGUAGGAUGGUCGCCGGAAGUCUCUCCCCCGAAACUACUCUACUCUACUAUAGACACUAUAUGGUGGGGUUUCUAAAGAACACGUUCGUUUGCACUCUCCCGUUUCCUCUUGGCUUGUCCAGUGAAAAGAGCAUAACAGUUUACAAGUGGCAGCCAGCACUUAACCACGCGAUGAGGGACAAGAAACUCGCUACGCGUGUGAUACACCCCGCUCGUCGAUUAAACUCGACCGACUUCUAUCAUCCUCACAUUUUUCCUUCGAUACUUAUCAUUUUUACCAUUCAUCAUAAGCUGAUCGUUGUGCUCUGAAUGGUCGCGCGAGUGAAGUGACAAAUAAUAAAUAAUAAUCCAUAUUUACCGAUAUUCUGUACAAUAUAUUUUGGUAUUUCGGAAUUUCUUUUACGGGUCAUCGAUGAUUUCAAGGAGAGGUAUCUUAGGAAAAUUGUAUCGAUCGAAGCGUGGAGCAGAGAACGGUGAAAGUCGUGCAAACUCGCGUUCGCAAUCCGCGUAAUUGGUCUACUCUUGUGUUCUAUGUUCGGUGCACGCAGCAUUGUAAAGCCGCGUAAAUGGUCAAGGAAAUUUCUAAUUAAAUUAUUAUGCCAUUGCUCGGUAAACCCGGAAUCGAAUCGGAAAGAAAUCUCCCCGAUUUACGGAAUAAUUGCACCGUUUCCUUUUUUUUUCUCUUAUCAGAGUGCAAGAAGAUUGACAUUCACCUAGAACCGUGGAUGAAAUAAGAAGAACGAUCGCGUGAUAAGCGGCUUUCGUGAUACUGUUACGUAGUGCUCCGAAUGGAAAAGAAACAACGAAAGGAAAGUGAUACGAAACUGUCUCCUCUGUUCGCCGGCAUUGCGGUCCGCGAUGGAAGUGCACGCGUUUCACCUGUUGAUAUGAAGAAAGAAGGCAUAGCCACAGUUUCAGUCGCGUGCCGGCUUCUGAAGAGAAAGAAAAACGCGUAUCAACGAGGAUCGUUCGCGGUAAUUUACGCUUCUUCGAGUGCAAUUUGUCGCUAUCGAGGCGAAACGUACCGGUCUAACGGUGAGAAACUGUAAACGAAUGAACGAUCACGAACGCUAACACGUUCGUUUCUUUACAAAUAAUCUGUACCGCUCGUUAGAAACUUGCUUUCCAAUCAAUUUGGAUGCUAGAUGAUUUUCUUACGACUUCUAACGGGCAGAUUUAUUAUCGAUCAAGAAUCGAUCGAACAUUCGUUGGAUUAUUUAACUAUAAGUGAACGCUGAUCAAAAGCUUUACUGUUCGCCACCGGAAGUAUCCACAGAUUCGUCAGGUUUCUUGGUAUAAGCAAGAAAAAAGAGGUCACACCGCGAAACCUCCACUCCGUUUCCGGUCGCAGACCGAUUCGUUUCCUCAUAGUAAUCGACGAAAAUGUUCAUCAAAUGAAUGACAUGUCGGCGAUACACCGUGAAUCAUGCGGUGACGAUUGUUACUGCGUGAUCUGUCGGGAGUUGAAAGAUUGCAGGAUGGCUGGCAACGCGGAGGGUGGUGCUCAGGGUCGCCGCGAGGGCAUCAACUUCAUCCUGCGUCGUGGUCUGCCCUUCGUGACUAGAUCUCCGUCGAGGGAAUGGCUGGAGACGGAUCUGAAACGCGAGGAUGUCAGCUUAGAGGAGAAGUGUCACUCGCCGGAAGUGAGGCCAGUCAGGAAAACCGACAAAGACGUGGCUCAUAAAACCGUCAUCUACUUUGGAGACACUAAACAAAGAGAGAAAGAGAACAGACUGGGUCAAAGAGACGUUUCUUCGCCGAUUACGUCCAGAGAUGAAUCCAGGAUGUCGGACGCAAGGAAGGUGGAAACCGACGGUUUCGAACAGGGCAAGAAUCUUACGGAAAACGAGGACACCAAGGUCACUCACGAAAUCGUGGUGAACGUUAGCCCGAGUAGAGAGGACGUGUUGAAGAUCGAAGAGGACGAGAGCCAGGUCGAGGAUUAUUGGUCCUUGCCCGGGGACAACAGCGGGUUCAAGGCUGACUGGAGCUUCGUUCAGCAAUGGCGCCUCAGGGGACCCGGCGGUGGCGGUGGCAGUGGAAGGGAAUUGUAUUGUCCUCCGUAUUCAAAGGAUUUUACGGAAAGUUCAACGAAAAACGGUGUCCACAAUAUGGUUCACAUGGUAGCGGAAAGGGACACGGAUAGCGUAGCACCAACGCCAACGCCUCAGCACCCUCAUCAUUCUCAGCAUCACCAUCUCAGUUUACACGAAAUUCGUGCGCUUCAGAGGCGACCAGAAUGUACUGGUAAUAGUUCCUCGGAUGAGAAUCGAUCGUCGGGACAUGCGAGCAUGUCGGACACGGGUGGCCACACGAGCAGCAGUUCACCACCGCAUCGUCACCACAGAGCUCACAGUCCCCAACAGUUGAACUCGGUGCCCGAAGACGAUCGUUUGUCAGCCUCGGUUACACAGAGAAAUGGCAGGAGUAGAUCCGGCCAGAAUCGCAAUAGACACAGAGCUACACCUGCCAAGUUGCAGGUACCCUGGUCCGGUUCCGGUUUAGAGGAUAUCAAACUAGCUAUCCAGCAGCUGACAAUGCGCUCUCACAAAUCAUCAUCGACUUACUCCUCCUUGAGCGGCUCCGAGAGUUCAGAACCAGCUGUAAGGAGGCUGAUGAGACAUUCCAGCCUGGAAACUAUCAACACUAACGUGACCAGCGCCGACGAAUUCGUCUGGGUUGAUUCGCACAAUAGAUUGGUGGAACUGCAACAAUUACCCUGGACUCAUCACGACGUCCUACGGGUUUUACAAAAUGGUAGAACCAGGGAGCACAUGGAACAAGUGUCGAUGGAAACGAUACCUCGGCUCUCUUAUUUGUUGCAACGCGCCCUGGUCAGAGUUGGUCGAGAAACGCAAAGAUUAGCGAAACCAGUUGGCCUUUGCAGCAAACACGAAGUGUACAGCGCGUUCAAGAUUGUGCUUUGUCCGGCUUUGGCAGAUUCUUGCACCAAGGCAUGCUUAAGAGCCGCGGCUAUGUUUGCCGUAUCCGGUGAUCAGUUGAAGCAAUCAAAAGCAUCUCGUUCAGGAUUGCAGCUACCGGUAGGACGAUUUCUUCGUUGGAUGUCCGACGUACGGCUUGGAAGAAUGAUACACGAAUACGCGGCGAUAUAUUUGACCGCGGGUAUUGAAAACCUUCUGGAAGAAAUAUUGUUACAAUGCAUACCUACCGAUCCGCACACAACGUUAACCGCGACGAUGCUGGAACAUGCCAUAGCGAACAGCGGUGAUUUAUGGGGUCUUCUGCAACCGUACGCGCAUUUGAAUGCUGGUCGAACAGCAUCAGGUGCUCUGGCAAUGCCACGUUGGGCAAGUGUAAGUUCCUUAAACUCUUCUUCGUCGUCGUCUCGCAGUGGAAGAGACGCAACGAGUUCAGCAUUGGAACCAUCGCUGUUAACCACCUGUGUCGGCUCGAUGUCAGAGUUGAUAGAUUUGAUCUCCAAAGUGGCACAAGCCGGACGUUCACCCAUACCCUUAACAACCAAGGCACUGAACGCUUUGUUCUAUUAUAUGAGGUGUUCACAGUUGGAGCAUGGUGAACGAGGUUCUGGUAUACAAGAACUCGCUUAUGAACGAGCGUACGUGGUCCUUCCACCGUUGGUAGAAUGGCUACGCGUUGCAACUGCUCAUGCAGAACAUAGACACGGCCUCGUUGUAGAUCAAGACGAUAUUAAUCAAGCUGCCAGAUUGCUAUUACCUGGAGUAGACUGCCCUGUUAGACCUAUAUGCUUUGAAGAAGUUUCAGUCUGUUCGAAACGCAUCGAUGACACCGAAUAUGUGCGUCUUCUCACGAUGGAUAUGGCGUUCAAAAUGUUAACCAGUGGUCGUGCCGAUCUGAUAGCUCAAGCUAUGCCUCUUUUGCCAUCAGCGAAAAUCAACACGGUUAACGACAAUGGUUUCACCGCGUUGAUGAUUGCUUGCAUAAACGGGGAUGAAACUGCUGUACUAGCUUUACUAGAUGCUGGAGCGGACUUGAAUAUAGAAAGUCCACCACCUUCCACUGGUCAAUUAGCAAACACACCUUCCAAGGUUCCUGUAACACCAGGGACAUCGAGCACUAGAAGUCCUGUUACCCCAUCUUCGAUUAUGUCCUCAGGGAAAAGUAUGCAAUCUUCGAGUUCAGCUUCCAGUUUACCAAGUCCUUCGAACAACGUUUCGAGCAAUGUCUGCUGCAAUCAAACUGCUUUCAAUGCUGAAACUCAACACUGGACCGCUUUAACUUACACGGCAUUGAUGGGACACUGUAAUAUCGCCAGGAUAUUGUUGGAAAGAGGUGCAGCAGUGGAAGGUGGUGCUAAACCCAGUGAGGACAAAUGUACAGUUACACCGUUGCAAGCGGCUACAGCGACUGGUAACAACGAAAUGGUGGCACUGCUGUUAGCUCACGGAGCGCAACCAUUUUUGUCGACGUUGAUCAAAGAUUCGUUUUCUUACUCCGGAUCAGCGCAACGUGGUUGUUACAGUGCGAUAUCAGUAGCAACAGCUCAUGGUCAAAGAAGCUGCCUUCACCAGCUAUUAUCUCAUCCUCUGAAUUUUUCUGCUAAACGAGGAGAAAAAGAGGUGUUGUCUUUGGAAGAGAUUCUUGCAGAAGGUAGCGCAGCCAGCAGUCCGCAACAACAAACUGUAGAUGGAAGAGGGAAUCGAAGGGAAGGAAAAGAACCAGUUUUUAAUAAGGUUCAGACAAAAGCUUUGCAAGAAGCGAUGUAUCACAGUGCUGAAAGUAACCAUUUAGAUAUCACAAUGGAACUUCGUGGAUUAAAAGUAGGUUGGACCUUACAUUGUUGGAUGCAUAGUCUUGGAACAGCUCACGAAAUGAGACUAGAUUCCGUGAUAGAUCAAUUGCUUCAAGAUUUCCUUCAAGUGUGUCCAGAUGAUUAUUCGACACAAUUUGUACAAGAAUGUCUUCCUUUGUUAUUUAACAUUUUUAGGUAUAGUAAGAAAGAAGGCACGACUCUUCUUCUUGCCGACAUUUUCUGUACAUGCUUUGGGUGGGAACCGAUAAAACCUAUCAGAGAUACUACACUUUCAAGUGGAUCAAGAAUAGAUCCGAAAUUUGUAAAUAAUCCAGAGUUAAGCGAUGUACAGUUCAGAGUGGAGGGUAGAGUUUUCUAUGGCCAUAAAAUUGUUUUAGUCACAUCGUCUCCAAGGUUUAGAAACAUGUUGAGUUCCAAAUUAUGCGAGGGAAAUCCUCCUAUUGUACAAAUUAAUGAUAUACGAUACCACAUUUUUCAGAUGGUUAUGGAAUUUUUGUACCACGGUGGAUGCGCCACGUUAGAAGUUAAUCAAAGUGAUGUCUUGGAAUUAAUGGCUGCAGCGAAUUUCUUCCAAUUAGAUGGUUUGCUUAGGUACUGUGAAGCGCAAUGCUCUUCAAUGGUUGAUCUUGAUAACAUUGUUUCCAUGUACAUUCAUGCAAAGGUUUAUAACGCGACUCAACUUUUAGAAUAUUGCCAAGGAUUUUUGUUACAAAAUAUGGUCGCUUUAUUAACUUACGAUGACUCGGUUAAGCGUCUAUUGUUUGCUAAAAAACUGCCAAAUCAUGAUGUCCUCGCGGGCCUUCUUCUUACGUUGCAAGCGAGAAUAAAAACUAGACGAUCUCAGCAACAAAAUAAAAUAAAAGCUUAGAGAUAUCAUGUAUCGUAUACAGCAUAGCGGUAUCAUUAUCAUUUCGUUUCCGCUUUCGUCGUGUAUAAUUAUCAACAUAUAUAGGUGACGUCACUUAUAAAAAAAAAAAAAAAAGACAA